CACACACACACACACUCAUGCACCGGUGACCGAGGAGAGAGAUGCGUCCUGACGAGCCUUGCUGAAGCGAUCUCCGUUUGACAGCGUUCACUCACACACAGCACGGAGAAGAGAAACACACACGAUGCGUUUAUUCUUCAGAGAUGUGGUUCUCUUCCUGCUCAAUGCACUGGUGCUGAUAUCUGCAGCAGGAGAGGAGCUCAUCUUCACCAAUCAUGUUCUGGUCCAGUUGCACGAGGGCACGGAUGAAGAUGCGCACGCUCUUGCCCUGGAGAACGGCUUCGGGAGCGCGAGGAAGCUUCCCUUUGGCGAGGGGUUAUUUCAUUUCUACCCACGGGAAAUCCCUAAGACUCGAAGGAAACGCAGCGUUCACCACCUCCACCGCCUGGCGAACGAUCAUCGGGUGAAGAAUGUGUUUCCUCAGGAGGGAUUUGGCCGUCAAAAGAGGGGCUACAGAGAAAUCAGUAACUCCGACGUCAACAUGACUGACCCGCUUUUCACCAAGCAGUGGUAUCUUAUAAACACGGGCCAAGCGGACGGGACCCCGGGGCUGGACCUGAACGUGGCAGAAGCCUGGAACAUGGGCUUCACCGGCAAAGGAGUGACCAUCGCCAUCAUGGACGACGGUAUUGAUUAUCUACAUCCAGAUCUUGCCUCAAAUUAUAAUGCAGAAGCCAGCUUUGACUUCAGCAGCAACGACCCGUUCCCUUACCCUCGCUACACGGACGACUGGUUUAACAGUCAUGGAACCAGGUGUGCUGGUGAGGUGUCUGCAGUUUCAAACAACAACAUCUGUGGGGUGGGCGUGGCCUACAACUCCAAGGUAGCAGGCAUUCGUAUGCUGGACCAGCCCUUCAUGACGGACAUCAUUGAGGCGUCCUCCAUCAGCCACAUGCCACAGGUCAUUGACAUCUACAGCGCCAGCUGGGGUCCCACGGAUGAUGGGAAAACAGUGGACGGUCCUCGCGAGCUCACCCUGCAGGCCAUGGCAGACGGAGUCAAUAAGGGCCGAGGUGGGAAAGGCAGCAUCUAUGUGUGGGCCUCCGGAGACGGUGGUAGCUAUGACGACUGUAACUGCGAUGGAUACGCCUCCAGCAUGUGGACCAUCUCCAUUAACUCAGCCAUCAACGAUGGACGCACUGCACUCUAUGAUGAAAGCUGCUCCUCCACCCUAGCCUCCACCUUCAGCAAUGGCCGUAAACGAAACCCUGAAGCUGGCGUGGCCACCACGGAUCUGUAUGGAAACUGCACACUGCGUCAUUCGGGCACAUCUGCCGCUGCCCCUGAGGCUGCCGGAGUGUUUGCCUUGGCGUUGGAGGCCAAUCCGAACUUGACCUGGCGGGACUUGCAGCAUCUGACAGUGCUCACGUCUAAGAGGAAUAAACUGCAUGACGAGGUGCACCAGUGGAGGAGGAACGGCGUGGGCCUGGAGUUCAACCAUCUGUUCGGAUACGGUGUGUUAGACGCCGGAGGAAUGGUCAAACUCGCCCGCGAGUGGAAGACGGUUCCCGAACGAUUUCACUGCGUGGCUGGAUCCGUGCAGGAGAUACAUAAAAUCCAGUCGGGGAACAAACUGGUGCUGAGCAUCACAACCGAUGCCUGCCAGGGAAAGGACAACUUCGUCCGGUAUCUGGAGCACGUUCAGGCCGUCAUCACCGUCAACGCCAGCCGCCGCGGAGAUCUCAACGUCAACAUGACUUCACCCAUGGGCACCAAGUCCAUCCUGCUGAGCCGCCGGCCCCGGGACGACGACGCCAAGGUGGGCUUCGACAAAUGGCCCUUCAUGACCACACACACGUGGGGCGAGGACCCCCGAGGAACCUGGCGGCUGGAGGUGGGCUUCCAGGGAGAAACCCCGCAGAACGGCCUGCUGAAAGAGUGGACCGUCAUGCUGCACGGCACACAAAGUGCUCCUUACAUAGACCAAGUGGUGAGGGACUACCAGUCCAAACUGGCCAUGUCCAAAAAAGAAGAGCUUGAGGAGGAAUUAGACGAAGCUGUGGAGAGAAGCUUGAAAAGCCUUUUGAGUAAAAAUAACUAGCCAUGUGCA